GAGUGGAGUGGAGCAACUCGAUCUACGGAAAACAUGGAAUGUCACAAAGAAGAAGAAGAGGAUAUCUGUGAAGUUUCAUUACUAAAAGAGUCGUUACCUUGCAGAGGGUCGCAAAUCAAAUUAUUAUUAUCGUUAUUUGGAGAGAGGAGCAAUAUGACCCUCCCUGCUUUAUUUAUUUAUGGACACACAGCCACUGGAAAAUCUGCUGUUGUUAAUUCAGUUCUGAGGACUUGUAUGUUACCCCAUGUGCUGGUGAACUGUGUGGAAUGCUAUAGCAGCAGGUUUCUGUAUGAAACAGUCCUAAAUGGUCUAUACACCAACAGAGGCUCCCAAAAACCAGACACACCCAUCAAAUGUGAAAAUAUGAAUGACUUUGUCCGCCUUUUCCGUCAGAUAUGCAUGAAUCUUGAUUUGCAUAACGAGACUGUAUACCUUGUUCUAGAUAAAGCUGAACGUUUGAGGGAAAUGGAUGCCAACAUUUUACCAGCUUUUUUACGAUUGCAAGAACUGGUUGAUGGAAAUGUAUGUGUGAUUUUGUUAAGUGAGAUUGUGUGGGAAAAGUUUCUCUGUGGAACAGGUUUUCCAGAGCCUUAUAUAAUACAUUUCCCUGACUACAACAAAGAUGAGUUGCUGAGAAUCUUGAUGAGAUCUGCCCCCUCCGAGUUUUCUGUAGAUUUUUAUCAGAUGUAUCUCAGUCUCGUGCUUAGUGUUUUCCACAUAGUUUGUCGUAAUCUGACAGAACUUCAGCAUUUGGCUGCCAUUAAUUUCAAAAAGUACAUUGAACCAAUAAAAAAUGGAGAAGCAUCAGAGAAUGACAGUCGUAAAUUGUGGAAGAACUUUGAGCCUCAUUUGAAAAAAGCUCUGCAGACUGUGUAUCUCAGAGAAGUUUCAAGCACUCAGUGGGAAAGAAUGUUAGAGGAAUCUGACAUGGGGAAGAUGAUUACACAGCAAGGACUGAGCUCUAGAACCCAUGUGGAACUACCUUACUAUUCCAAAUAUCUGCUUAUAGCAGCCUAUUUAGCUUCCUACAAUCCAGCUAAAUCAGAUAAAAAAUUCUUUUCAAAGCAUUCAGACAAACAAAAGAAGUCCAAAGUCAUCAAGAAACAAGACAGAACAAAUAACCAUAUGCUGGGUCCUAAACCAUUUCCAAUGGACAGAUUGAUGGCUGUGUUUUAUGCUAUUGUGGAGGGAAAGGUUGCACCCACAGCAAACAUCUUUAUGCAGAUUACAUCUUUAGUGUCUGUUCACUUGCUGGCUCAGGUGGCUGGAGAUGACCAGAUAGAUGUACCAAAAUAUAAAUGUCUAGUCUCCUUGGAGUUCAUUAAAUCAGUUGCCAGGACUGUGAAUUUCGAUGUUUUGCGAUAUCUCUAUGACUUUGUCUGACGGAUUCAUGUGAUAAUUCAUUGCAGUAAUGACGCAAACAGCUUGCAUCAAUAAACAAAUCAGAUGGAAGAUUAUACAAUGCGUUUAGUAAAUAAUGAGAAUGAAGUGGCAACGUGAAGUUGACAGUCCAGUACAAAAGUAAAUUGUUAAGAAGAAUAAAUGUGCUUUCUCUUUUUGGACACUCGUACUAGUGUGAAUUUAGGAGCUACUCUCCAGAUGUCCUGUGGGAGAUGACUGUAAUGUUUAUGUCCAGGAAAAUUAAAAAUGAAAAAUCUUAAGUAAAGUCUGACUGUCUAGCUCUUGUACUAUCUGAGUAAAGAAGUUGUUCAUUGAGAUGACUCAGAGUUAUGACAGGCACAAACAAUUUGCCAAAUUUUGACAUCACAAAGUAAAUAUGAAACCUUGUGAUAGAAAUAAUGUUCUGCAUGUACUCAGGAAAAUAAAAUUUACGUAUUA